UAUUGGUGUUUUGGGUUCAGGUUUUCGGAUUUAACUGGAACCGAUUAUAGUGAAGGAGCGAUUGACCUUGCUCGAAGCCUUGCAGGUCGUGUUGGAUUACCCAACAUUCAUUUUUUGGUUGAUGAUGUUCUAGACACCAAGUUGGAAAGGCAGUUUCAACUUGUUGGGGACAAAGGAACCUUAGAUGCCAUUGGAUUGCAUCCAGAUGGUUCUAUCAAAAGGGUAAUGUAUUGGGAUUCAGUUUCAAGAUUGGUGGCUCCUGGUGGAGUAUUGGUGAUCACAUCAUGUAACAGCACAAAAGAUGAAUUGGUGCAAGAAGUGGAAAGUUUCAAUCAAAGGAGUGUGACCCAGGAACAUGAUGAAACACCCAAAGAUAAGUUCCAAUACCUUAGUCAUGUCCGCACAUAUCCGACAUUCAUGUUCGGUGGAUCUGUAGGAUCACGUGUUGCCACUGUGGCAUUUCUCCGAAACUGAAUCACUAAUCCUUGCGAGUAACAUGGUUUGACGCGGUUCAUGCAUUUGUGUGUGCACACCGAGAAAUGUACUGACUUGUGCAAGUUCUUUUAUUUGUUUGAAAACCAUGAAACUCUCUGAUUCAUUUUAAGCUAUUUCUUCUUUGUCAGGGUUUCUGCUAUGCAAAGUUUAUACAUAAAAUGUACAUUUUAUUGCUUAGUUGCUAGUAUGAAUGUAUUUUGGUUAAAUAGCUAUUUUACA